UCGUUUCACAGUCUAGAUUUACAGAACUCAGGAUGGCGGAGAGCAAGCCAGCAGUGGCCAGUAGUAGUCGGAAACAAUGGGACAAGUCCGAAUGGGAGGCCAAAGCCAAAGCGAAAGAUGAACAAAGUGUGGAAGCUGCGAAAGCUGCAGACGCAGCGAUAAAGCAGGGGAAGAAGCCGAGAUUCAACAUUGAGGAUCUACCGAAGCCUACCAAGGCGCUUGAAGCUAGGACGGAGGACUUGGGGUUGGAGAAGAAUUUGAACAAGACUAUGCUUGUUCAAACUUCUACGACGGGAAGAGGGCCGAAAGGAGCGGGAUACUACUGCGAACUGUGUAAUCGGACAUUUCAAGACAGUCUGUCAUACCUGGACCAUGUGAACGGACGUUUUCACCUUCGCCGUAUGGGCCAGACGACUCAGGCAGCUCGAUCGACUCUGACUCAAGUGCGUGAAAAGAUCCGACAAUUGAGAGAAUCGACAGCCGUGAAGGUGACUGCGAAGAACUAUGAUUUCUCAAAACGUUUAGCAGAGGUCAGGCAAGUGGAGAUGGACGAGAAGCAACGUAGGAAGGAAGAGCGGAAGCGGAAAAGAGAGGAGAGGCGGGAAGAGCAGGAACUGGGCAAGAUGGGGAUCAUCAAAAGAUCCAAAGUCGAUGAGGUUGCGCCAAUUGGUCAGGCCGGGAAAUCGAAAUCAAAGUCAAAAGCAAAUGGUGACAAGGGAGGACCGGGGGACAGGGAAGACAAGGAAGUCUUGCAGGCUAAACAGCAGCACGACGACAUGGCUGCUAUGAUGGGCUUUGGAGGCUUUGGCGGUGGCAGAAAGAAGAAGUAGGGAUCUCAGAUGGCAAUGGUCAUCUUGUUGUAUAAUCCUCGAGAGGGGAAGGUCAUGCCACGUACUGUCACG